AUCACCAUGGCUGCAGUGGAUCAGUUCUACCUCUUGUAUAGAGAGAUCAGUCGUUCCUGCAUUUUUUUUGUAGAGGCCCUCGCUGUAGUUGGAGCUUGGUACACACUCAGAAAAUGUGUCUCCCUUGUGUUUGGCACUUGCAACAUGCUUAGGUUGCAUUUAAUUCCAAAGCUGGGUGGCGAGAUUGAUCUUGUCAAGCGGUACGGAAAAUGGGCCGUGAUCACUGGUAGCACAGAUGGUAUCGGGAAGGCGUAUGCUGAAGAACUGGCAAAGCGUGGUGUCAAUGUCAUCUUAAUCAGCCGAAACAAAGAGAAGCUGGAGGCUGUAUCCAGAAGCAUAUCUGAAACCUAUAAAGUAGAAACAGAUUUCAUAGUAGCAGACUUCAGCAAGGGGCGUGAGGCUUACCCAGCCAUUAAGGAGGCUCUGAAAGACAGAGAAAUUGGCAUUUUGGUGAAUAAUGUAGGAAUACUUCAUCUCUACCCGGACUAUUUUACCAACCUGCCUGAGGAUGUGCUGUGGGACGUUAUCAACAUAAAUAUUGCGUCUGCUAACAUGAUGGUGCAUAUUGUGCUGCCAGGCAUGGUAAAGAAGAAGAAAGGGGCGAUUGUGAAUAUUUCUUCUGCAUGCUGUUGUCAGCCAGCACCAAUGUUGACAACCUAUGCAGCCUCUAAAGCCUACUUGGACUAUUUCAGUAGAGCACUACAUUAUGAGUAUGCCUCAAAAGGAAUUUUUAUUCAGAGUUUAAUCCCAUUCAUAAUUACUACAAAAUUGGUACCAUGCAGCAAGACUAUAUCAAAGGGUUCUAUCUUUUUUCCUUCUGCUGGAGAAUAUGCAAGUCAUGCUGUUUCUACUCUCGGGUUAUCCACAAGGACUACUGGUUACUGGAAGCAUGCAAUACAGGUAAUGUUGGGUAAGUGCCUACCUGAAUGGAUCUGUGUAUGGUUUGCAAUGUAUUUGUGCAGAACUAUACGCAAGGAAGCUUUAACAUGCAAAGUGAAAUAG